UAAGUUUUGAUUAAAAGGGUGCCAAUAAUUGUUCCACACCUAUAUUUAACAAAGUUUUUUUUUUUUUUUGAUAAACCUGUGUUUUAUUUGCAAUUGUUUGAUAUCCCUAAGAGCAGAGUGUUUAUGUCGAUUUUUUUUUUUUUUUAAAUCAAUUUUUCAGAGGCUUCUUUGCUUAUAUUUACCAGAGGAUGCCAACAUUAGUGGAAGGCACUGUACAUAGGACUGGUUCAGAACCCCUGUAUUUCCCUACUUCAGCACGUCUGCUUUUAAACAACCAUUAUUCAGUGCGCUUGAGAAAAUAAAAAGCACCGCACAAACAAAGGAUUUGGCAACCUGAACAGCUCUGCCACAGCAACCAUGACAUCACUGUCCUGGCCAAUCACAGAGCUCCUCUGAAAUCUCGUUCUGAACGACCUGUUCUAUCGCGUGAUUUCAGCCUCAGGCCCAGCGCCAUCGCCAAUACUUAUUUUUUUAAUACGAGAAACUACUCCAGUGACGGAUCCAUGAUGAGCUAUGCGGAAAAGCCUGAAGAUGUCACAAAGGAGGAGUGGAUGGAGAAACUCAAUAAUGUGCACAUUCAAAGAGCAGAUAUGAACCGCCUCAUCAUGAACUAUUUAGUAACUGAGGGUUUUAAGGAGGCUGCAGAGAAGUUCCGGAUGGAGUCAGGAAUUGAGCCCAGUGUGGAUCUGGACUCGCUCGAUGAGAGGAUAAAGAUCAGAGAGAUGAUUUUGAAAGGGCAGAUUCAGGAAGCCAUCUCUCUCAUUAACAGCCUUCAUCCAGAACUCCUAGACACCAACCGAUAUCUGUACUUCCAUCUUCAGCAACAACAUUUGAUUGAGCUGAUCCGUCUGCGGGAGACUGAAGCUGCACUGGAGUUUGCACAGUCGCAACUGGCUGAACAAGGUGAAGAGAGCAGAGAAUGUCUGACUGAGAUGGAGAGAACUCUGGCCCUGCUUGCUUUUGACAACCCAGAAGAGUCACCUUUCGGAGACCUUCUUAACAUGAUGCAGCGACAGAAGGUUUGGAGUGAGGUGAACCAGGCAGUACUUGACUAUGAGAACAGGGAGUCAACACCAAAGCUCGCCAAGCUGUUGAAGCUUUUGUUAUGGGCACAGAAUGAACUUGACCAGAAAAAAGUCAAAUAUCCCAAAAUGACAGACCUUAGUAAGGGCACAAUUGAAGACCCCAAAUAAGAACUGGAAACAGCAUGGACAUCUGUGCUAUACUGUAACAUUUCCCCAUUUAUAAACGGUUUGUGAAUGGACCAUAUACAUGUGUGUGUGUGUAAUUAUAUAUAUAUAUAUAUAUAUAUAUAAAAUACACACACACACACAAACUAGCAAUUUGUUUGCGUAAGAGAACUAACUUAACUGUAUAUUGUAUUAUAUUUUGAAUGCAGAUAUGCUCUUAAACUAAAUAUAUCAAAUUAAUUUAGCUGGACACCCAUUUUCAGAUUGAAAAAUAAUUCUGUACUAUUGACUUUUUUUUUUUUAUUUGAAAAUAGCCACCUCAUCUUGUUUUUAUGUUCUGGCAUUUUAUUUUCCGUUGAACCUUUUUAAUUUGACAUUCAUAUAGUGCUGCUUUUAGGCCUAAAUCAGAAGUGUAGCAUCAGCUACGGGUUGAUAUUAGGGGUGUAAAGCUCAGAUGAUUGAGAUGAAUUUGUCGAUUUAAAGGCAACGACUGAGGAUAAAUCAAGGCAACAAUCAGUUAUUAAAAUUGAUUAGAAAUCGAUUAUUAAAAGGAGAGUAAACUGGUGUGUAAAAAAAAAAAAAAAAAAAA